GGGGCAAUUUUUACUCUGCAGAACAAAGCCGUAAACAGAACAACAAAGCCGGCUCCCUUUCUUUCUUUCAAAACCUUUCUCGUCCUUCCUCAAUCCCUCAUUUCGCUAGCACCAUUUUUCUGCUUCCUCUAAUCUUCACAAAAAAAGAGAAAAAGGAAAAGUUCUUUCCUUUCCAAAGGUUUGAUUCCAACCAGCUGAAAAGAAAAGAAAAAAAUAACUCUGUUUUUAUGUAGCUGCUAUUGCCGUUUCCCAGCUGGGAUUCCUUCUUUCUGAUUUGACUGAUCGGGUAGAGGGAGAGAGAUAGAGAUAGAGUUAGCUCCGAGGUUAUUGAUUUGUGAUGGGUUUAACUAGACGAGGAUUUCUGGAUUGAUUUCUGAUUUGAGUUUUUUUUUCGGGAGGGGAAGAGAUUUUGUUUCCAGGAAUUGUAAGGUUGGAAGUACUUGUCUUUGACUUUGUCGUCGGGGGAAAGGAGAAAUGGGUUGCUUCCCAUGUUUCGAUGCUUCGAAGGAAGAGGAGACACUGAAUCAAGACGAGAAGUCCGAUGAUCGAAAGCCGACUUCCUUGCCCACUGUCGCUUCAAAUAUUUCCAAGUUGUCUUCUGGAUCCGAAAGGCUUAGAUCAAGAAGCCUUGGUCUAUCCAAGAGGGAAUUACAGUUACCGUCUCCCAAGGAUGGAUCUGCCGUAAAUAUAGCAGCUCACAUUUUCACUUUCCGGGAGCUUGCUGCCGCCACAAAGAAUUUCAGGCCAGAGUCUUUCCUAGGGGAAGGAGGCUUCGGUCGUGUGUAUAAAGGGCGUCUCGAAACUACUGGUCAGGUCGUGGCUGUGAAGCAAUUAGAUAGAAAUGGGCUGCAAGGGAAUAGAGAAUUUUUGGUGGAGGUUCUGAUGCUUAGCCUUUUACACCACCCCAACCUCGUGAGCCUGAUCGGUUAUUGUGCUGAUGGUGAUCAGCGUCUGCUUGUCUAUGAAUUCAUGCCCUUCGGUUCGCUCGAAGAUCAUCUUCAUGAUCUUCCACCUGAGAAGGAACCUCUGGAUUGGAACACUCGAAUGAAGAUAGCAGCAGGAGCAGCCAAAGGGUUGGAGUAUCUCCACGACAAGGCAGCCCCUCCGGUGAUUUACCGAGAUUUCAAGUCGUCGAACAUUCUUCUACAUGAAGGAUUCCACCCCAAGCUAUCUGAUUUUGGGCUAGCAAAGCUGGGCCCCACUGGUGACAAGUCCCACGUUUCCACCCGAGUCAUGGGCACAUACGGUUACUGUGCUCCUGAGUAUGCCAUGACUGGUCAGUUGACGGUCAAAUCCGAUGUGUACAGCUUUGGAGUAGUCUUCCUUGAGCUCAUCACUGGACGUAAAGCCAUUGACAGCAGCAUGCCUCACGGAGAGCAGAACCUCGUCACAUGGGCACGUCCAUUGUUCAACGAUCGCAGGAAGUUCUCCAAGCUGGCUGAUCCAAGGCUACAAGGGCGAUACCCAAUGAGGGGGCUCUACCAAGCUCUAGCCGUGGCAUCUAUGUGCAUUCAAGAACAGGCUGCAGCUCGUCCUUUAAUUGGUGAUGUUGUCACUGCCUUGUCCUACCUGGCUAACCAGGCGUACGAACCGAAUGCAAAUGGUGGUAGUGUUGGUCAGAAGGGUUCGAGGGACGAGCGAGGUGGGCUGCUGUCGAGGGCCGAAGAUGGAGGUGGUGGGUCUGGACGAAGGUGGGACCUGGAUGGGUUUGAUAAGGACGAUUCACCUAGAGACCCAGCUGCAAAGGUCGCAACGAAUCGGGAUUUGGAGAGAGAAAGAGCUGUUGCCGAGGCGAAGAUGUGGGGGGAGAAUUGGAGAGAAAAGAGGCGGCAGAGCGCCCAGGGGAGCUCCGAUGGAGAUGGAAACAACGGCUGAUGCUGACGACGAGGUUGAACCUGCUUAUACCAAUCCAGUUCCCUGUUGUGUUAGUUCUUUUGUUUUGGUUUCUUUUGUCUUUGGUUUUGGGUUAUGGAGACUGUGAAGGCUAACUGCAGGGGGGAAAGAGAGGAGAGAGCUGGGAAUGGGAAGAGGAGAGGGAAAGAAAUACAGAAAGACGAGUACUUUGUAACAUUUUUAACAUAAACAAGAACUGGGUUCAUUGCUGUACUACCUUCUUUCUAUUCUGCCGAGCUGUUUUUUUUUUUUUUUUUUUUUUUUUGCUUCCCCAUUUCUUCUGCUGAUAAGCUUAUUCUCCCGUCUUUAAGUUGCAACCGAAACAGAGGAAGACGAGAAUUUCGCUACAUGUAUGUGUGUACCAAUUCUUCAUUGAAGACAUGGAAUUGCCCAAUUCUCAAACCU